AUGUCCACCGAAGGAGUUGGGCCAGCCGAGUAUGCGUUGAUACAAGAGUUAUUCAUCAAUCCCAAGGUCUACAUCCCUACGCACCUGAAGCAUAUCGCUAAGCGCUUGCGAGAAUCAACUUUUGUUGAAUGUACGAAUCAUCUGGAAGACACGCCUGAUGUCCAGUCCUUUGCAAUUCCAGAACCCACCUUCACUCCCGAGAUCGAUGUGCAAGAUGACGGAGCCGACGAUAUCCUCGCAAAGUCCAUCCAAAUAUUUCCUCCGGGAGACAUUCUCAAGCUUUCCAUAGAGGCCACCAUACCCCACAUACGAUUCUCGCACGCAGUCUCGAAGCUGGAGCUGCCGUCCCUAAGAAGUGACCCGAGGCACGACCUCAAAGCUCUCGGUCGAGCAGUCGGCGAAGCCCAGUGUCUUGACUUCUUCCGCAAGCCUAACCCGUUGCCUCGCGAGCCUGUCGAUAAUACGAAGGAUGAAGGUCUGGGUCUUCCGCUCUCUGCGGUGCACUUUCACGAUCAGCUUGCGAGAGAAGCCGAGCUUGAAGAGCUUGACUACACCGAGGAAGACCUAGCAUACGCUGCAGAGUCAACAUUCGUUGAUUGGUCCAAGAGGGACUUUGACCAAUUGAUCGAUCUUGAGAUGGUUCCAGCUAUGGACAGAGUCGAAACCAUGACUCCACCACUGAUUACCAUGCCCUUCGAAGAUGUAGAAGAUGCAGAGUUGUUUAUACCGGAUGCCGAUGUCUGCGAGAUACCUCAGUUUUCAGAUCCGGAGAGCCUUCUCGAAGAGGAUCUCGAGGAAUCCCGACACAACCUAGCCGUGGCCUAUGAUGAUAUCAAGUUCCUAGAUACCUCAACGUCGGACAUCCUUGGCAUACCUUCAGACACCCCUAGCUUCGACAUCCCCACUCCUCAACGAAAGGGCACAGCACCAGCCAUGGAGGUCCCUAUCCUGCCCAUGUCGGACGACUCUACGUCCAGAAGCGAAGAGAAAGACGCCUUUCGGGCAAUCUUACGCGAUACUGCUGGAUUUAAUUCCAUUAGCCUUCCAGGACCGUUAAGAUCCAGCCCAUGCUCGGAGGAAGAGUCAAGAUUCAACGAACAAUUCAACCUCCUCUUAACAGAGAAAGCAGACACCCUGGCACGGAAGCUCGAACAAGAGCAGGUCGAGGUAAUUGACGCCAUUGCCAGAAUGCAGCCUCCAGUCCUCGAUUUCAGAGCACCUACACUAGAUUGGGAGGGAGCUACCCGAGGCCCCGAAGAGAUGUUUCUUUGGGUCCGCUGCCAGAACUCCGAGCAGUUCGCAUCGCCACCUUGGCCACGGAAUCGGCAAGAACAAAAGGAGCUGCGAUGGAUCCCUUUCCCAUCUUCCCUAGGUCUGGUGGAAGUCGGGGAGUCCGUUGGAGAUGACAAAGUGUUGCAACGUCUCCUUGAAGGGCGACGAUCUACGAGACUACCGACGAGUGCCGAUCACGUACGGCAAAUACAUACACUCAAGGCGAUACUUCCAGACGAUGAUGACGAGGAGAUCCCGAUGCCUGAUGACGGGGACCAAGCCCACAGUAGCUCACCUUCCACAAGAGAGGACCUCAUGCAACUUAUUCGAAAACGCAAACACGAACAAGCUGCCAAAGAUGAUCACAUAGAUCAGGUGUCGCCGACUGUGGGCGUUAAGCACCGUCGGACAACUACAACUACACAGUCAAAGUCGACGAGGUCCUUAGGGCAAAGCUUGCUCCUCGGAGUAGAUGAAACCAAUGCCGCGGGAAACCUACUCGCCAACUACAUGAACCUACGAGGUGCGAAACGAGUCACAGGGAAAUUCGAGCCGUUAUUCCCAAUUACGAAGCGCAAGGAUGCUCAAGCUCCAAUGUCUGUAGUCGGACAAGUAUCAUCGAAGCCGAAAGCACAAAAGGCCCCCGUCGAUGCUCCUGUCCCGGCCAUAGAGCACACAAACAGCCCCUCCCGCAUCAUCAUUUCUACCGCCCUCCCGCGAGGGAUCAUAUCAGCCCUCCAAGCUAACCUAUCGGGCAUCGAUCUCGUAGACCGUGACUUCUCACGACACAACAAACGCGUCUGGUCCCCGGGAAGCGUAGAGACCGUAGUAAAGCCAUCCCCGCUAUCCUACGAGGCCGACAUCAUCCCUUCCCCAACAACAGGUAUAAUCAUCACAACUAUCCUCAAGGUCCGACAGAAGCCCCUUCCAGGAUCCCAAACACAGCUCUCUCAACUCCGCGGCCGCGUAGCAAGAGUCGCACCGCUCUACGAACAACUGACUAUCCUCGUCUCGGAAGACAACCCCCUCGCAGAACACAUCGGACCGCUCAGCGCAGCCGACGCCGCAUCGUACGCCUCCUUCGUCGCUUUCGCAUGCUCCCUCAGCAAUAGCAGCGGCUGCACCAUCGACGUGGUCUACGUGGCCGGCGGCCAAAAGACACUAGCCCACUGGACGUGCGCCCUCGUCUCGACGCACCUCAAAAAAGCAUCCCACGACGUGCAGCAAGUCAUCAUGUCGGAAGAGACGGAAUGGGAAGUCUUUCUCCGACGCGCCGGCUUCAACAUGUACGCGGCCCAGGUCGCUCUCGGAGUCGUCAAGGGGGGUUAUCCAGUCGUAAAUGUCGACAGCGACGGCGGCGACGGCAACAAUGACCAAGACUGGACGCUCGUGCGGUUCCUGAGAAUGAGCCCCUCGGAGAGGGCGAAUGUGCUCAAGGGCUUUCUUGGUGGUGGGAGUCUGGUGGACAGAGUCAGUGCGCGUCUGGGCUGA